CAAUCUUUGGGCCCAAACUCUAAUCCCUGAUGGCGGAAUUAGGGUUUUUAAUAUUCUUUCUCAGUUCUCCCAACUCCCGUUCCCGUACCUCCAUCAGCCGCCGGUCUGAGAGGGAAAUUGUCGAGUAAGGAAAAAGGAAGGAGAAGCGAUUAAGCGAAGAAGAAGAAGAAGAAGAGUGAAAAAUGCCGGCUGGGCACGGUCUUCGCUCCCGAACUCGGGAUUCCUUCUCAAGGCCCUUCAGGAAGAGGGGUUACAUCCCACUGACUACUUACCUGAGGACCUUCAAGGUCGGCGACCAUGUCGACGUCAAGGUGAACGGCGCCAUCCACAAGGGCAUGCCGCACAAGUUCUACCACGGCCGCACCGGUCGUGUCUGGAACGUCACAAAGCGUGCCGUCGGCGUGGAAAUGAACAAGCAGGUUGGGAAUAGGAUCAUCAGGAAGAGGAUCCACGUGAGGAUAGAGCACGUGCUGCCAUCCAGGUGCACCGAGGAGCUACGCCUGAGGAAGAAGAAGAACGACGAACUCAAGGCCGAGGCGAAGGCGAAGGGUGAAGUCAUCAGCACAAAGAGGCAACCAGAGGGGCCGAAGCCUGGCUUCAUGGUUGAAGGCGCCACCUUGGAAACUGUUACUCCCAUUCCCUAUGAUGUCACCAACGAUCUCAAGGGCGGUUACUAGGUGUGUUAUUAUCUCCUUUAAGGGUUUCAGUUUGUGGGUUAUGAGUUAUGACUGUGAGACUGCUGCACACUCUGGGUUAAGCUCCACUGAAUUUGGUUUCCGUAGCCACUAUCGCAAUUUCAUUGAGAUGAUGUUUCUUAGUGUGUCUGUAUGCAAGUUAGAUAUGUCCUUUUUGACACCUGAACAGAUAUCUGAGUUAAGAAGUGUUUGUGUAUGCAAUUAGUAGCUGGGAAUGAUUGGAUGUGUUGGUCGUGUUAAAGGCAGAGAAUAAGCAAAUUAGAGCUGGAAAGUGGAAGGAAUAUGUUUGUGGGUUAACAUUAGAUGCCAUUGAUUAACUGGGGCAGUAGGUAUCAUAAUAUAUGGAUAUGUGUCUGCCACUGCUGCGAUGUACAAAGUGGGGGAUUUGGCUCUUUAAUAUGCACAACCCUAAAAAACGAACACUAAAGUGGAUCUUGAUUCUUCCUUUUCGUAUGGGUAUUUGUUUCUUCUUCUUCUUUGGUAGACUAAUUGCCACCUGCUGUCAAGACUGAUGUAAAUGGCAGCGGCUGUCACCUGUUAUGGAUGCUUCAUUCCAUCGCUCAAACUCUCAAACAGAUUUGAGCUUUCCAAUUUGGAAACAAUGCUUCAUACCUUCUCAUUUGGAUGGGUGUUGAACCAAAAGUUCACUAGAAUUAGGUUGUAGUGCGACUGUCUGUUUCAUUUUCCACUGUCAAGAAAAGGGCAUUAUUCCCACUGGUUUCUGCUAAAUCUAUGGUCCACCAUCUAAUUCUUUUUCCUAAUUGUUAUUUGGUAGUGGCACUCGCACCAAGUAUGGGGAGAAAACGAGGGAAAGAAGUAAUUAACGCAAAACUCAAGUGGCCAAUCUAAUCCAAUCCAUCAUUAUGACCAUGAGUACAGAAUUUUUAAACAAUGAUCACUUCCUUAUAGCAUACUUGUACGGUUGUACCCACUGCCAAUCCUCUCCAAAAUGUUCAUCUUUCCAUUUUCCUUGAUCACAGAAGGAACCGCUUGCUCAAAGAUAUGUUACUUCUGUCCAGGGCUACGGAUGAGCCAAGUUGUGAGUGGCUUCGUGUUCGGUUCGAGGGAAGCUUGUUUGACACUCGACUCGUUUAGUAACGAUUCGAGUUUGAACUAAGUCUUAUCCGGCUUGCAAAACUUGUGAGUCAGCUCGAUUCAAUGACUUCUUGAAUACAACUCGGGAGCUAGCUCAUUUUGAGCUAUGAGUUAGUUUGACGGUAUAGCUAACAAGCACCUCAACUAGCAAGUUAGGAACAAAUUGAUUACUAGCUUAUCAUUGGCUUGCUAUUCAUAAGUUAGUUAGAUUUUAGGGUUAAUAUCCUAGUUUGGUCGAAGUUUAGCAUGAGUGACAGUUAUGGCCCCAUUUUUCAAAUAAAACAUUUACGGCCUACUUUUGAAAUUAUUUGAUAGAUUUGAUUCAGAACUUGUGUUGACUGUUAAUACUAACGGUCAAACACUUAUUCUAUUAGUGACUAGCAAAAAAACUGCAAAUUUGGUUAUACAUUGCUUUGUCAUUAAAUACUAAUAAUUUAUUAUUUUGUCCCCUAAUUAAUAAUGAAAAAUUAAAAAAAAAUCCCCAAAGAUGGAUCCGCUCCACUUUCUCCUCUCUGUUUGGGGUCUAAAUCCACUUCCUCCAUUGCUUCUCGAAGUUCCAGACUCCAAUUGGAGUAAACACUCGAUCCUCCCCUGUCACCCCGACGGCGGUACCAACUCACAAAGUCACCGUCCAUGAACGGAUCCAGCUUCUCCACAGCGAUCCCUUUCUCCCCGCCGUCGCUUCCUCCACCCGCCGCCGUCGACAACAAAGCGAAACUAUUCUCAGCAGUCGUCGUUGAUGUACCGCCCCUUGGUAACCCUGCCUCUUCCAACGAAAUUUCUAUCUCCACGGCAGCUUCUGCCGCAAACGCCGUCGCCGAACAAACCCUCGCCGUAAAAAUUUGAUGCUCGCUGGCCGCAAUGGCGUAAUAAUAACGGUCAAUACAAGUUUCGGACCAAAUCUGUUCAACAAUUUCAAAAGUAGCCAGUAAAUGUCUUAUUUAAAA